CAGUCCAAACUGAUUGGUAUCCGGAUCUCGGAGAAAGGAAGCAACCUUUCUCCCUCCUUCCAUAAUCCCUUUUUAAUUUCCCUGAAACAAAGAAAAGUCGAACGGAAAAGCGCGGGAAAAAGGCCUGGGUUGACUUUUGAAAAACCGCGCGAAUUUGCCAGCUGAAUUUAAAUCGGUGGAACGAAAGUGAGUGUGAUUAUGUGCUAGUGCCAGAAUCGAAGGAAAGAACAUAUAACAAUAAGACACAAUAGAAAGAAACAAUAAUCGCUAUGACCAACAGUAUGAAGCAAACGGUUAUCAAAAAUCCGACAUGGUGGAAGAGACGGUCCGGUUUGGAACGCGGGUUAACGGUGAUAGCCGUUUCCGGAUUCCUCUUGUGCAUCGCUUUGGCCGUGGCGCUCGGAAUUUUGGCGUCCAACAGGACAUGCAACACUACAUCGAGACCCGAUCCUGUUAAUACAGAGAUGCUACCGUCCACAGCCGAAGCGUUAAGCGGCUCGGAAACGUCGAGCAAUGUCCAUGUCAUACAGAAAAGCCCGGAAUGCGAUAUAUGCUUAACAUCUGGAUGCGUAAACACAGCCGCACAGAUACUGAAAAAUAUGGAUCGUAACGUGGAGCCGUGCGAUGACUUUUAUAAGUUUGCCUGCGGUGGCUUUCUCGAGACCACCAUCAUUCCUGAUGAUAAAACCAGCGUAAAUGCGUUCUCCGUUAUCGUCGACGCCCUUUUGGAACAACUACGGACCAGUAUCGAGCAGGAGAGUUCUCCGAAUGAGCCGAGACCAUUUAGGCUUGCUAAAGAUUUUUACAAGGCAUGCAUGAAUAAAACCGCUAUCGAGAAGCGAGGCUUGCAACCGUUAUUGGACAAUCUCCGAAAACUCGGUGGGUGGCCAGUUCUAGAUGGAGAACGAUGGAACGAGGGUGACUUUACUUGGAAAGAUGCCGUCUACAAAUUCCGCAGAUUAGGCUAUUCCGUUGACUACUUCAUCGAUUUUGGCGUCAGUGUCGACUUGAAAAAUAACUCGAGACGCCUGAUCGAUCUUGAUCAAGCAGCUCUUGGUCUGUCGCGCGAAUAUCUGUCGAAGGGUUUCAACGAGAAAAUCGUUCAGGCAUAUUAUAAGUAUAUGGUGGACAUUGCUGUGAUCCUUGGAGCUGAUCCGGACCGAGCUAGUAAAGAACUGAAAGAGUCACUUGAAUUUGAAAUCAAACUCGCAAAUAUCUCGCUACCUAAUGAAAAACGACGCAACGUAACUCUUCUCUACAACCCCAUGACCGUGAACCAGCUAUCCGCGGCUUAUCCUAGCAUUCCAUGGUGGGAAUACUUCAACACAAUCUUGGCGCCGCAAGCGCAACUAAGUCAGGACGAAAUCGUUAUCGUGAACGUACCCAGUUAUUUAAAGGCUUUCGAACGACUGAUCAGCGAGACGCCAAAGAAGGUGCAGGCAAAUUAUGUGUUUUGGAGGGCGGCAGCCGCUUCGGUCAGCUAUCUAACGGAUGAUAUCCGAAAGAGACAGUUGAAAUACACGCUAGAGUUGAAUGGCAAAACGGAGAGGGAACCGAGGUGGAAGGAAUGUGUAGAUAUUGUUUCCGGCAGUAUGGCGAUCAGCGUCGGUUCGAUGUACGUGAGAAAAUACUUUAAGGAGGACGCGAAGAAGACCGCUCUCGAAAUGGUCGAAGAUAUCAGAGAGGAGUUCACGAAGAUUCUGAAGAAGGUGGAAUGGAUGGACGAGAAGACUAGAGCAAACGCCUUGGAAAAAGCAGCCGAUAUGACAUCACAUAUUGCUUAUCCAGAUGAGUUGCUUGAUGACAAAAAGCUAGACGAAUUUUACGAGGGACUCGAAUUAAACCCCGAUAAUUAUUUAGAUAGCAUUUUGAACCUGACCAUCUUCGGAACGAAUUUCUCAUUCGGUAGAUUGAGAAAACCGGUAAACAAAACCGAAUGGAUUACUCAUGGAAGGCCGGCUGUUGUCAAUGCUUUCUACUCAUCGAUCGAAAAUAGUAUUCAAUUUCCCGCGGGUAUCUUGCAAGGAACAUUCUUCAAUAAUGAUCGACCGCGUUACAUGAACUACGGCGCCAUCGGCUUUGUCAUUGGCCAUGAGAUUACCCAUGGUUUCGACGAUCAAGGCAGACAGUUCAAUAAGGAAGGUAAUCUCGUAGAUUGGUGGGAGCCGGAGACAAAGGAGCACUAUCUCAGACGGGCCGAAUGUAUAAUUUACCAGUAUGGAAAUUAUACUGUGAAAGACGUCGGAAUGAACCUGAACGGAAUAAAUACCCAAGGCGAGAACAUCGCCGAUAACGGCGGCAUAAAAGAGGCGUAUUACGCGUACAAGGAAUGGGUGAAACGAAACAAGCCGGAGCAGAGAUUGCCGGGUCUGUCGUACAGCCCGGAACAGAUGUUCUGGAUAAGCGCGGCCAACAGUUGGUGCAGCAAGUACCGACCGGAAGCAAUGAAGCUGCGGAUCACGACGGGAUUCCACAGCCCCGGCGAAUUCCGCGUGCGAGGUCCGUUGUCGAACAUGGAGGAAUUCUCGAGCGACUUUAAUUGCCCGGUCGGCUCUAAAAUGAAUCCCCAGAAGAAGUGCGCCGUAUGGUAGAUCUCAUAUAUGUCAAUGAAAAAAAAAUUGGUUCCGCGACCGCUUUUGAUCCUGUCAGCUGUAGUUUCAACUGCUUGUUGUUUACCGAAACAACCAAAAUAUCGUUCGGCGGCUUUAUAUAGUAAAAGAGAGACAUAUUUUCGGAUGUGCAUGACGUUCGUCGUACCUACUUUCCCCGUUUUUGCCCGUUUCUAAAGUCGCGGUUAAUAUUUAUUAUUGUGAUUUUUCGAAUAUCAAAUAUGUCGUAAAAUAACUAUUUAUCAGCUUUUCCGUUGUCAAGUUUCAACGAUUUUAGAAUGUUUACACUGUCGCUUUUAAGAUUGCGCUUUAAUGAGCGCAAAAGAGUCGUAUCUGCAGGAUAUAGAAGUAAUCCGACUUUUUUCUUUUGCAUCCUGAAAAACAGCAUCUCAUCGUAGCAGAGAAUUUUUUAUCAGCGAUAAUACUUGAAGGCGAGAACUGAUAUUUUUGCAAUAUGUAGUAUGAAAUGUGCAAAAAUCUAUGAAGGCAUUCUCCACGAAAAAAAUGGAGAUUAAUGCAAGUGCGCUUUUAAAUGCGCAAGAUAGAUAUGAAUCGUUUUUGGUAAACAAUUUUUAUAAUAAGCAUGAAAUACAUGUCACGAUGCGUGUAAAUAGAGAGAAAAUGAAAUAUUUGAUUUGAAAGUUAAUUAAUUCUACUUCUAUAAGAAGUUAUAUAAUCGUCUAACUGUUUUUGAUGUAUAAGGCAUAGGAUUUCUGUGUUAAUGACGAUGUCAAAAAUUUUAAAUUGUUCCAUAUAAAUAGAGUAACUCGUACAGCAUUAAGCUAAAUUGUCAAACAUAUUUAAACUUUUUAAUUGUUUGUUAAGAAUUUUCAUAGCUUGUAUAUUACACAAAAAUAUGGAUAACUUCAUUAAGAAGGCGCUAUUUAUCUGUUUUUUUUUUAUUCUUGACAGCUCUGUUAAGUCUUGCUUCCUAGAUUAAAUUUUCAAAUAUUCUAUAUGACAUAUAGGAUAAGUAAUAAUAACAUAUACUAUACAGUACACAGGAUAUAAUCCGAAAAAUUAAUAUUGAAAAAGAAUUAAGAAUUUCUUGAUAAAGUUAUACAUUUUCUUAAUAAGAAUUUUAAUACCCGGAUAAUUUUUCAUAACUAUUUUACGUUGAGUAUUAUUUAAUAGUAUUAUCAAAUAGCAAUUAUAAAGAAACUGCAAAUUAAUAAAUAUGCAUUUACGAAAAUAAAGCGCUUAACACAAAAAAAAUAAUGCGAUAUGCGCGAUUUCUUGUAUCUUAAAGUUCUAUAGUUGUAGGUUCUAAUUCUCAAGUACAUCGGAUAUUUCUUCUCUGAAAUUUCAUGGAUAAAAGAAUGCCAAAAUAAACAUUUUCGAUAAC